GAAUCCAAGAGCAGAAAACUAGUAUCAUUUUGGGUAAGGCUAAAAAAAGCAUCGAGUCAUUAUUCCGAGUCAUAUUUCGACUGGCAGAAGCAGGUGUUCAUUGAAGGAACUCCGAUAGUGGAUUCUGAUUUGUGAGUACACACAGUACAGAAACGCCGCGCCUGCACUCUCUUGAAAUGGGCAGAUCUACGAUCGAACUUAAAAUACAAUCCAGCUAACCUAGCUUCAAGUUCUUUUUUUGCAUACUACGAUUCAUUUCAAAUGGGCAAACCUAAAUACAUUCUUUUGGUAAGACACGGCGAGUCAGAGGGCAAUUGCAAUAAGCUAGUCAAUCGUUACACCCCUAACCACAAAAUCUGCCUUACAGAACAAGGUCACAGUCAGGCCUCUCAGGCAGGUUCUGUACUCAAAGAGUUUCUCACCCAACUCGAGGAAGAGAGAGAUGGCGGGGCUAACCCCAGGAGCGUUAUGUUCUACACAUCGCCAUAUUUAAGAGCACGACAGACAUGCGAGAACAUCAUAAAGGGCAUUAAGGACGUGCCAGGUGUUGACUACCGCGUCAGAGAAGAGACCAGAAUGAGGGAACAGGAUUUUGGAAACUUCCAAAGCACACCGGAGGAGACGGAGCAGAUUUGGGAACAGAGAGCUCACUAUGGCCAUUUCUUCUUUAGGAUACCUCACGGUGAGAGUGCUGCAGAUGUCUAUGAUAGAAUAGCGUCUUUCAACGAGUCGCUCUACCGACAGUUUCAAAAUGACUCUUUCCCAAAUGUGCUUGUUUUGGUCACACAUGGUAUCUGGGCACGGGUGUUUCUAAUGAAAUGGUUUAGAUGGAGCUACGAAGAAUUCGAGUCUCUACGAAACAUACCGCACUGUCAGUUCUUGGUGAUGAAGCAGGUGGCCAACAAGGCUUACAAACUAAAGACACCGUUGAGAAAAUGGGACGAUUUACCCGACUCGGAUGUAGACGACGAGGUUGCCAAGGAGUUUACACAAGAGGUGACUUUUAACACGAAAGGAAACAUGAAUAACCCGGAAGACCUCGAUAUUGCCAGCAUUUUGCGAGCUCAGAGGGACGCUAUAAAAGAGAACAGAAAGAAAGAUCAAGAGUUGAAGAAUAUUUAUCGGCAGUCGAUGUGCAAGUAUCUGGACUGCCACAAGAUAGUAGGGGACAACAGUGUUUUCAACAGCCGAGAAAACGUGCCUUUGUAUCUGAAGUCCAGUGACGAAAAGUCGCUGAUUGAGCUGUAGAGGUGACGCAGGAGAAUCAAAACAUUUGUUUACAUCUAUAUUCGUCAAAAAAUCAUAUAGUUUAGAAUUUGCUUUUCAGUCCUUCUAAAUUCCUUCAAUGGAAGCAAUUACU